AUGGCGGCGGCUGAGUGGUGGUGCUGGCCGCUGCCAACGUGGCUGGGCUCCGGCACCGCGUGGUUCGUAGUCCUCAACCUCGUCGUGGGCGCCAUCUUCGCCCUGUCCUCCCGUGCACAGCCGCAGCCGCAGUCGCAGCCGCCGUGCCGCGGCGGGAGCGGCAGCCGGAUCACCCGCAGGGCCUCAUCGGCGGUGCUGCAGAAUCUUUCAAAAAAAAACAUCUUCUCAUUUCCAUCCUCGUGUUUCCACCACAUCGCAGAGCCGAGCCCGUCACCUUGCGCGAAACAUGUAACGUUUAAGAAAACAGAAGACGCGGGGACGCCGCGUCCACUACAGCCACAAUCGACGGUAGAGGAGGGCGACAUGGAGGACCAUAACUCGAUGAGCAUGGACGAGGCAUACGCGCUCGCCCUGGCGGGGCAGCAGCGGGCGCUGCCGACGGAGGGGGAGGCGGCGAGGUCCGAGGUGGACGCCAAGGCGGAAGAGUUCAUCCAGGGGUUCAAGGAGGACCUCACGCAGCAGCGCCUCAAAUCCAUCUUCAACUACACCCAGAUGCUCAAGCUCCGCGUUGCCGCCGGCCGGCCAGCUGCCGCUCCGUGA